UCAAGAUAAAAUCAAUUUGCAGACCUUUGCUUCCGUCCCAAACCUCCUCCUACCAAACUCCAAUAUCUCCGGCAUAAGCAAAUUCAGCAAUGACAAGUGACAACGCCAUGGCUUCUCUUUCUCUCCAGUCAGCUUCUCUCCAUGCAUAUAUUCAGGAUAGUAAUCCAACCCCGUUAUGCUUCUUAAGCAAGGCUAUAUGAGUGAUCCCAUACGGUGGUCUCCACAAUUCGAUGUUGCUCUUCCCUACAAAUUCCAAGCAGCAAGAGCAGCAUCUUGUCCCUCAUCGAGUUGCAGGAAAACGACCCGAAAAUGUUCGCCAUGGAUUCAGUAGAGGAGAGUGUCAGUGUUCCUCCUGCUGCUAAGUUGCUAGUCGGUGUUUCACUUGAUGGCGGAGAAAGCUCGCAGCUGCUUGCAUGGUCUGUCACUGUUGCUCAUCCAAAUGACACAAUCGUCGCCUUGCAUGUUCUUGUUGGGAAAGAAGAGAAGGGGAUGAGUUUUGAGAAGAGCAUGUUUCGCCAGGCUAAGGCUUUUGUGAUCUCUGCUCUCGGAGAGUUUGCUGAGAUGUGCCAAACUAAACAGGUGAGGUUGGAGGCAAAGGUGAGGGCUAGUUCUAGCAUUGGAAGAGGACUCAUUGAUGAAGCAGCAUUAAAUGAGGCCAGCUUCCUUGUUCUUGGCAGGUCAAGGAAUUUACCAAGAAGGAGCUCCUUUGAAAUUUUAAAGUAUUGCUUCGAGAAUGCUCCUGAAGGCUGCUCCAUAGUCGGCAUCGGUUUGCAGCAACCUCCAAGAAAAGAUCGUGAUUUAGACUCGUCGACAUGCGAUGACAACAGUUCUUUGAGUUCCAGAUGGGCUAGCAAAGACAACACCAACACGGCUAAAGUUCUAUCUCCAUUUCACAAGCUCUUAGGAUCAGCUUCAAAGAGGGGAAGCCAAAAUUCUUCGACCGAAAGCAUUUGCGAGAAAGAUUCACCGAGGGGAGUCCUGGAAGCAGUGGAGGACUGCUCGAGUACAUGCAACAGUGUGACUCCCAGGCGCAGUCGGGCCAGCUUCUGGAGGAGGCUGUCCUCCCUGAAGCUCUUCUUUCUUAAGUCUCGCUCAUCAGGAGAUUUAAUGGGCAAGGACAGUGAGAUUUGUUCUUCUUACACUGAAGACUUGAAGCCUUCUUGGAGGUGCUUCAGCUACGACGAGAUUUCGCGUGCCACAAAUAGCUUUCACGCAGACAACUUGGUGGGGAGAGGUGGGUUUGCAGAAGUGUUCAAGGGGACCCUUCACAGUGGCCAGAGAGUGGCAGUAAAAACAUUGGCCAAAGGAAAUGGAGACCAGCAGAAGGAGAAAGAGUUCCUGGCCGAGCUUGGCAUACUUGGGCAUAUCUGCCAUCCAAACACGGCCAAUUUGAUAGGCUGUUGCAUUGAGAACGGCCUCCACCUGGUCUUCGAUUUGUCCUGCAAUGGCAGUUUGGCAUCAGCACUUCACAGUAAAAGCGGCAAGUUUCUGGAAUGGCCAGUGAGGUACAAGAUCGCCAUUGGAGUAGCCCGAGGUUUGCAUUACCUUCAUAAAUGCUGCAGGCAUCGCAUCAUCCACAGGGACAUCAAGGCGUCUAAUGUUCUUCUCGGUCCAGACUUUGAACCCCAGAUUUCAGAUUUUGGACUAGCAAAAUGGCUUCCUAAACAGUGGACUCAUCACUCCGUCGUUCCGAUCGAAGGCACUUUCGGGUAUCUAGCACCAGAAUACUUCAUGUACGGUAUCGUCGAUGAGAAGACUGAUGUCUUUGCCUUCGGAGUCCUAUUGUUGGAGAUAGUAUCUGGUAGGAGGCCGGUGGACACUUCAAAACAGAGCUUGCUUGUGUGGGCAAAACCGCUAAUGGAGUCGGGAAAAAUAGAUGAACUGGCUGAUUCUAAACUUGGAGGUAAGUAUGAAAGAGAUCAGAUGCAGAGACUAGUCCUUACAGCCUCCUAUUGCCUGAGACAAUCAUCGUUUUGGCGGCCAUCAAUGACGGAGGUAUUGGAUCUGUUGAGGAAGGACCAUGAUUCUGCGGAAUCACUGAUUUGGAAGAUCCCUGAGUCACAGGUGGAUGAGAUGGCUGAUUACGCUUCGGCAGCAGAUUGUUAUAUCGAUGCCUAGCAUCAUUUAGAUUUUGAGAUUUGAUUUCUUUGCUUGCGUUUGUGUUAUUUAAUUUAGAGCUUGACUUGUAAAUUAUUUGAUCAUGAUUAGUGUGCGUAUUGCUUCAUCAGACCACCAAUAAGGAAGGAAUUCAUAUCGAAAAGAGUUCGCAAAGUGUUUAAAAAAGAAAAAAGGUAUGGAAGAGAAAGCGCUUAAAAAGUUGAAGAGCCCUC